UGAUAAUGGUUCAGUCCAUACUCGCUCAGUCAAGUUGACGCACAUUUCAAGGGCAGUUAGCAGCGCCCCUGUUGAACCAUUGGACACCACACACCAACAUGCUUUGCAGAGUUGCUCAGCUUCGCAGGUGUGCAGCCAGCCUGACCCCUAAUGCCCCCCUGGUGGCGUCAGCGAGGCUCAAGCACACCCUCCCUGACCUGACCUACGACUAUGGAGCUCUCGAGCCACACAUCAAUGCCGAGAUCAUGCAGCUGCACCACAGCAAACACCACGCCACGUACGUCAACAACCUCAAUGUAACAGAGGAGAAAUACCGAGAAGCACUGGCUAAGGGAGAUGUCACCACGCAGGUUUCUCUCCAGGCUGCGCUGAAGUUCAACGGUGGCGGUCAUAUUAACCACACUAUUUUCUGGACGAACCUCUCUCCAAAUGGUGGAGGGGAACCACAAGGGGAGCUGAUGGAUGCCAUCAAGCGAGACUUUGGCUCCUUCCAGGCGAUGAAAGAGAAGAUGUCUGCUGCCACGGUGGCGGUGCAGGGUUCCGGAUGGGGCUGGCUGGGUUUCGAAAAGGACAGCGGAAGACUUCGUAUCGCUGCUUGUGCCAACCAGGAUCCUCUCCAGGGGACGACAGGUCUCAUCCCACUUCUCGGCAUUGACGUCUGGGAGCACGCCUACUACCUUCAGUAUAAGAACGUCAGACCUGACUAUGUUAAAGCGAUUUGGAAUGUCAUUAACUGGGAAAACGUCAGUGAGCGUCUCCAGACCGCUAAAAAGUAGUCCCUCUGUGUCAGGCUGAGCUCUUUAACCGGUAGCUGCACACAGACUUCUGUCAACAACGCGCACAUCUCCCUCAAGUGUCCAGAGAAAUGAAGCUUGAUCAUGGUCCCAAACUCUAUUAAUUCAAAUGUGACUCUACAGAUCUGCACCCGGAUGCUUUUGCAAGAGCCUUUUCUACCCAACAAACCAAAAAGAUCAUGCGUCAGUAUCAGUGUGCACAUUACAUUGUCAGAGCAAGACAUAAAAAUCAUGUAAUAGCAAUCCAUAUUUUGUUGUGUAAUAAAUAAG